GCGGACGUCGCGCGCCCUUCCUUGGACAUGCGCACACGCGCCGCUCUGUGGCGCUGCGGCGCUUCUCCUGUCAGCGCGGCCAGCGAGCUCUCUGCAGGGUAGCAGCGCAGCGCAGCGCCGGCGAGUGGGAUGCGCUUCCCGCCGCGAGGAGAACCGCCGCCGCCGACCCGGUCAUGGACGUGGAGGAGGCCUUCCCUCAGGUGGGCCAGAUGGGGCCCUUCCAGGUCUGGCUCUGCGUCUUGCUCGCCGCGCUGCUCCAGCUGUAUGUGGCCAGUGAAGCAAUCCUCAUUGCACUAGUGGGGGCAACACCUCCUUACCACUGGGACCUUGAAGGGACCUCUGCAAAUAAAAGCCAUAGUAAUGAGUCGGCUAGCGAAGAAAGAACUUUUGGAAAGUGGCUCUUGACAGCCAAUGGGAGUGAAGUUCAGAAACACAUACACUUUAGCAGCAACUUUACAUCAAUAGCCUCUGAGUGGUUUUUAAUUGGCAACACAUCGUACAAGAUCAGUGCUGCUAGUUCGCUUUUCUUUAGUGGUGUGUUUGUUGGAGUGAUUACUUUUGGACAGCUCUCAGAUCGUUUUGGACGGAAGAAAGUCUACCUUGUAGGUUUUGCCCUUGACAUUUUGUUUGCUCUUGCUAAUGGAUUCUCCCCUUCGUACGAGUUCUUUGCAGUCUCUCGCUUCUUGGUGGGAGUAAUGAAUGGUGGGAUGUCAUUAGUGGCUUUUGUCCUCCUGAACGAAUGUGUGGGCACUGCUUAUUGGGCUUUGGCAGGAUCAGUUGGUGGCCUCUUCUUUGCUGUGGGAAUUGCCCAGUAUGCUUUGUUAGGAUAUCUCAUUCGCUCCUGGAGAAUGCUAGCAGUUGUGGUUAACCUGGAGGGAACAGUAGUCUUCCUCCUGUCUCUAUUCAUUCCUGAAUCACCUCGUUGGUUGUAUUCACAAGGACGGCUGAGUGAAGCUGAAGAUUCCCUCUACCUCAUUGCAAAGAGGAACCGCAAGCCAAAGUGCACUUUUUCACUUAAACUCCCUCCUGAACGGAGUUAUAGAGAGACUAGUAGCAUCCUGGACCUGUUCCGGUACAAGAUCCUUUUGAGGCGUACUCUGAUCAUGAUGUUCAUCUGGUUCGUAUGCAGCUUGGUUUAUUAUGGUCUUACUCUCAAUGUGGGUGACCUGGGUGGCAGUGUCUAUGCUAACCUGGCUCUUUCUGGGCUAAUAGAGAUUCCGGCGUACCCUCUCUGCAUCUACUUGAUUGGCCAAAAAUGGUUUGGCCGUAAACGGACGCUUGCAGCAUUUUUGUUCCUGGGAGGACUAGCCUCUCUUAUCGUCAUGUUUCUUCCAGAAAAGAAAGCUACAGGAGUGUUUGCCAUUGUAAACAGCCGCUCAUUGUCUUUACUGGGAAAACUGACAAUCAGUGCAGCAUUUAACAUUGUAUAUAUCUACACAUCAGAACUUUAUCCUACAGUGAUCAGGAAUGUUGGAAUGGGAGCCUGCUCCAUGUUCUCCCGAAUUGGUGGGAUCAUCGCUCCUUUUGUUCCGUCUUUGAAAUCUGUGCAAGGGUCUCUGCCAUUUAUUGUGUUUGGUGUGGCGGGCUUGUUUGCUGGUCUUCUGAGUCUGUUAUUGCCAGAAACCCUAAAUAGCCCACUGCUGGAGACGAUAUCUGAUCUACAGGCUUGCUCAUAUCGGCGGCUAGGAGAUGAAGCUGUGUCGCUGCAAACAAUGGAAAGCUCACGGUCUGACCACGAUAGUUCAGCUGGGAGUGGAAGUGAAGAUGAAGAGUUCUAUGAUGCUGAUGAAGAGACCCAAAUGAUCAAGUGAUGGAUAAAACACUUCUCUUAAAUGCUAUGUUCUUUGUGAAUUAUCCAGUCAGCUUUAUCUGAACAAACCUAAAAGCCAGGAGCAAUCAGUGAGCAGAACCGUACUAUUGUGUCUGCUUUUAGGAGAAAAGUAGGACACCGUUGAAAGCUCUUGCAAAUCGGAUGACUGCUUGUCAGUGACAGCUCUGGCAGUUGUAGACUGCUCCUGAUUUAUAGACAAGUAAGGCAUUUUCAGGAUACCCAUUGUAUGACAGCACUUGUGAAUCCUAAAAGUGGCCCCAAUGUUUAGCCAGCUCUCUUCUGCAUCUAUUGCAGUUUUUUCCCCUUGACUUAUUGGAAGUGGUUUGUUUGUUAAUCUUGGAUUUUAUGCUACCCUGGUGAAACUUGAUUGUGGAGAGGCAUUGUUAACUAUUUAGUGGGGUAAAUGUGAAAAACUGCAAGAUGUGGCAUUUUUGCUGUCAAUGCAAUUCCUGGUGGUUCUGCAUUGUGUGUGAUUUUAAUAUUGGGGUGAUGCAGAAAGCGGAUCAGGCAUGGUUCUAUAUAACAGAGCAAGACUGCAAAGACCUGUAAUACAGACCAACUGAUUUAAAAGGCAACUGAAUCACAGUAAUGGUGGAUUCACAACUUCAUUUUUAAAGUUUUUAUUUUAACUUGCCUUUGUCGAUCUAUUACGUUGCCUCUUUUGGAUAUUUCAGUGCCACUUGUCAUGUAUUCCUUUGGUGAAGGAGCCAUCAAGGUGAGAUAACUCAUUCUGCUUUGCCUUACAAAAACGGUAGGAGCAAUUGCGUCUUGCUGGUUAAAUGGAAGGGAAGUUACUAAUUUGGACUAUGUUUGGUUUCUACUUGUCAAGGGAAUACAGCUUCGUGUUUACAAGGAAGCUUUUCCUUUUUUUGGAAGUGUAUGGCUGUGCGUAGUGUUAAGACAUUUCUUCCUCCCCUUUAGGAAGGAGCAAUUUGAGCUGCACAAUAAUCCACCCAGUGCCAUCUCCUCCGUGCUUCAAGCAUAUUGAUACUUACACCUGCUCACUUUUCCCUCCUGUAUUUAAAUGGGAGAAAAGAGACUUAAGGCCUGAGAUGGCAGCUCCUGAAAGCUUUUCCAAUCAUCACCUGUGAUUGCAAGACAAGGGUGGUUGUGUGUCCAUUGAAAGCUUUCCUACUGCUCAUGCAGUCAUCGUGUUCAGUGAGUUCAGUCUUAACAGAUUCAAGAUUACACCUAGAUAGGAAGCAUGUAUCAUUGCAUUUCUCAGCUUGGUGGAGAUCUGAUAGCUUCCGUUUUGAACUGAGCUCCACAUGAGAAACAGAUAUGUGCCUAACACUAACUAGGUAACAAUGGUAAAUGGCAUCUGGGCCAGCAGUUCUUGGUGCUUUAGACACUUCUUUGGUUUCCUAUCUUGAGGCAGAAAACUGGAAGACAUGAUCUAGGUUAGGAGAUCUCUUCCAAACCAUGGUAGUUGCUCCAAAUCGUUUUUAUCAAAACUAAAACAGCAGUAGGAAGCCUAUCUGUGCUGGCAGGUUUCUACAAGACUAACUGAAGCUCAUGCUCCACUUUAUAUAGGGACCAACCUUCACAGGAUCAACUUCUUUUUAAUCAAUCUAGAGCAGGCAUCCCCAAAGUUUGGCCCUCCAGAUGUUUUGGACUACAAUUCCCAUCUUCCCUGACCACUGGUCCUGUUAGCUAGGGAUCAUGGGAGUUGUAGGCCAAAACAUCUGGAGGGCCGCAGUUUGGGGGUGCCUGAUCUAGACUCUCAGACUAGAAGGCAUUUUUCUACCACGUUUUGUGUUCAGAGGCAGGGACUUGAUGUUUGGUUGUUUCACUUUUUACUCAAUUCGCAGAAGAUCUGCUAGCAUUUUGUUUUUCCCAGGUAGUGUUUUAGUUAUGGGAGAAGUACAUUUUCCUGGCUGCUGUUGAGAAAGCAAUACUCUUGCCUGGGACUUACCUCCAGUUACGAAGCCUAGGCUGAGAUUGUAUACGUUUCAUGGACACCUAUUGACAAGUGAUCGGCAACACAUUCCACUUUCCUUUUACCUACCCUGCUCUCACAAUAUUUUAUACAUUAGCAUUUUUCAUCAUGGUUUCCUUUUAGUGGGGAGUUCUAUUUUUUGAGCCAAUAUGCAAACACACUGUAAGGAAAGGGUGAAGGAGCAGGCAGUGGGCACAACACAGCUCUACUCGCUCUCCACCCCUACUGGAAACAUGCAGGUGCUCUUCUGUAGCUGAUGGGCUUUGGUUCAUUCAAAACCAUUUGCUCCUAACAAUGCAGGAGGGCAGGGGAGACUGGGGGGAAAUGUUGUUGGAAAAGUAGAAAGGCUUAUGAAAGUUGUCCCUUUUUUUCAGGGACAGAAGCUCAGUCAGAGCGAGGAACUGCUAUGACGUUGCAGUGUCUUUCAGAAAAUCCCUCCUCCUGAAAUUGAAAAAUGGUCCUAUCCUGCUUAGAAGGCCCCAAGUGCUUUGGAAACUUGUCUUUUCAUUAAGAUAAGCUGCAUUAAGAGUGCAGUGAGUGCUAGGGUCAGACUACACCAGAAAGGAGAGAACUGGGAAGUCUGCAUGCUUACUAGGGAUAAAAUCCUGUUGCAAUUAGAGGGACAUACCUUGGUAAGGUAUGCGUAGAAUUGCACUGUAAGGGGAAAUGCUUUUUCAGAUUCAAAUAAAAAUUUGGAUUCGUAGGUUUUCCUGCUUGUGUGCAGGUCCUCUUUUAACUGGUUUGUCCUUUGACCUUUCCUCAUCAGUUCAAACAGACAGUCUGCUUGAAGAAGUUGUUGGGAGCCUAAAACAGGUCCAAUAUAUAAGUAAAAACCCUUUAAAAUGGGUAAAUCAUGAUCAGUGGUGAUGCUACUAUUGAGCGCUUUGAAAUCCUCAAAUGAUGUUUUUUUGCUUCAUUUAGUAGUUGAAGAAAAUGCUUGCAUUGCCAUAUAAUACAUCUUUAAAUACUAAAUUCGUGUAUACUUUAAAUACACACACACACACACACAAACACACCCCUGGAUUAGUAAAUGAGCUGGCACAGUGGAAAUGGAAUGCCUUGCCUGGAAGCCAGGAAGGAAUGUCUUGACAGGAGAAGAAGGCAGGCCACUUGCAGCUGGGUUAGUUUUCUGUUAGUUUUUCAAAGCCGAGGAAGCGAAGCCUUAGUAGAAAGGAGCACACUCGGGCCAAACAAGGGUAUGUACUCACUUUCCUUGCUUUCAGUGUCUUGAGAGGAGCACUUUUGGAUGACGUUAAACCUUUUCAUUGGAGGCAUUGUUACAAAGCAAUAAAGUGCUGUAUAUAAGAAGCUUAUUGGAACACAUCUGCUUUCAUCAUCUGAAUGGGAGAUCCAGUUCGGACCACUUCCUAAGCCUAUUCACCUGUGUCUUCUCCUAGCCUAACUAUUUUUAGAUGGCUGUUCCAAUUAAUUAAAUCUAACAUAAGAAAACGAACUUUGGUUUCUCUUGCUUCAAAAACGAAACUGUACUCAAUGUUUAGGACUUCGUAAGCCCUGAUAUAGGUAAACUCUGUUGUAGAGUCCCAUUGAAUGGAGUUCUGAUUAUUGCGGUUCCACUGUAUAUAUGAACCAGUCCUCAAGGUGAGAAAUCUUUGGGAGGAAUGAGAAGUUUUGGUUUUUUUCUCAUAAGCACUUUAAUGUCUCUGAAAUGAUUUAUUACUUUGCAGAUAGCACCUAGCCAAAGAAAUAAACGUAGAGAUCUCGAAAAAAGUUACAUUUUUAUUGUGCAGAUAUCUAAUAUAGCCACGGCUUUAUAUUAGCCAAAUCUGGAGCAGGAUAGUUGACUGGAAGAGCAAAGUGCAGAGCUGGCUCUUGAGGUGAAACUCAAACUGGUUACAGCCAAACCAAUCCCUGGAAUGUAUGCUUUAAUCGGUCACUGAUAAAUUUGCUCCUUUGGGGGCAUGUUCAGUACGUGGCUAAAGGGCAAACUCGUUUAGGCGCUCACAGCUCCUUCAGGUUACCCCAAAUAUAUAUAGAUAUAGAUAUAUUAGGGACCAAUUUAAGGAACUUGAUGGAUUGAAUGCUAUCAGUUGCUGUUUUGUCACACAAAUGGUAUUGCACUUAAAAAACAAAACAAGCCUUGCCAACAAAUGAAAGGGUAGGAUCAGAUUGACUGGUGGGAUCAGAUUCAGUCUGCAGCUACUGUACUUCACCGCAGCUUGCCAUUCUUAACCCUAAAUGAUAAGCCAUUCAGAAAUGUUAAUUGUUUUUUUAAUAAUUUAUUAUUAUUAUUAUACAAAAUUUGACUUUGUUCAGUUCACAUGUUCACAUUCAGUAUAAUAAUUUUUUAAAUUUUGACUUCCCAUCCUUACAUCCAUGAUGCUCCUAUUGUAAUCCUUUAUCUGCUGCCAUAUCUACUAUUUAUUUUCUGUUGUGUUGUAACUUGUAUUACAAUAAUUUAUUUAUUCUCCUUCCCUUGCCUAUAAUUCAAAUCCUGCUUGUGAUUUCAUUUGACUCUUAAUUUGUUCUUAAAUAGUCCAAAAAGAAUCUCGCACUCUUUGACAAAAAAUGUCAUCUUUUUGAUCUCUUUAUUUUUGCUGUCAACUUCGCCAUCUCAGCAUAGUCCAAUAACUUUCAAAUCCAUUCGUCUUUUGUUGGAACUUCUACUUCUUUCCACUUCAGAAAUAUUAAUAAUAUUAAUUGUAACUCAUUCAAAGAUGUCUGUGGAGCCAGUGCAGAGAUUUUUUAUCCUGAAGGUGCUUUUAUGAAUGGUAAAUGCUGUUAUGUUUCUUAAUACAGAAUUUGGGGCACUGAAUACAGGAAACAUAUGGGCAUGUGCACUUCUUAACACAUGUGAAAAGAGACUCUUGCUAUCAAAUGUAUUUUGUGUGUUACUAAAAUCAGCGUCUUGUUCUAUAAUGGUAAAGGUGUAACUUCCUAUGUACUGCAUUCCUAUACAUGCUAGUCCUAUCCUUUUAAAUAUGUUUGUGUCACAGUUGAAUAUGCUCUUGGUUCAGAUGUGUUUUUGUUUUGUUUCCCCAGCUCCCCAUCCUCACAUUUGCCAGAUGAAUUGCAGAAUUUUAAAAACGUAAGAGGCAGCGUAUAGACAAAGUUUAAGAAAGUUGAAUGCAAUCUGUGAGAGCUUUGUUUCCAAAGAACUGUACAUACUUUAUUCCAUUGCAUUCAACAGGUUUUUGACCCAGAGACAAAAAUAAUAACACCAUGAGCAGCAACCCUGUUUUCAAGUCUGCUUCUGAUCUCUCAGAAAGGCUACACUCUUGCCUGAAAAGAUUUAUUCGCAUCUUUUGGCUUCAGCCCCCAGAUAAUAACAGUAUAUAGUAGAAUUAAAACAGAAAUUCACUAGGGAAACCUUUGCCCCAUUGGAAAUGUUAAUGAUCUUUGAAAACUGUAUGAUUAUAAUUUUACAUACCUAUGUGAACUCAUUAGGACAAUUUUACUUGUGUAUGAUUUGGCUUGUAGCCUGAGGGUUUAAGAUAUUUGCCUGUAUUGGGCAGCACAUUGCCAAUUUAAAGCUGUAAAACUGCCUUUGAUUUGCACAAUCUGUGUAAUGUGUGUUUGACUUACUUUGUGCCUUUUCCCUCUUUUUCCCACUUCCAAAACCUCAAUAAAAACAAGGCCAUCUGCAAUAUUGCCUACCCAGUUUUAUGCUGAUUUAUCCACCUGCCUGCUGCUAGCACAAGGAGUGAUUUCUUUGAGACCAGAUAUUUAUACCCAUCCCUGCAAGGAAUGACAAGGUAGAAAGCAGUUCCAUUUAGAGCGACACCAUCCCAAAGGGUUUGGGAAGCUAGAACUGUCAGUGUGAAUCAGUACCUUCCCCUCGAAAUGCUGCAAACUGCUGCUAGCAACGGCCUGGAGCCACUGAAACGAGAAAAUUGGCUUAGCAUCAUCUGGAGUGGGGAUGAGCAGGGCUAGAACUACUUUGAAACAUACAGCUAGGAACUUGCUGGUAUGCUUUAGAAUUUAGAUAUUAUAGGGAGAGGGUGGAGCUUGACUGCAGGAUUAAAAAAUGCACUAUAACUCUGAAAUAUUAAUAUGGCUAACGUUAACUGAUCGUCGGGUAAGGCCCAAGUUCUGCCAUAAGCAGAAUAGGGAUUGAUGGGGGGGGAUUAAUAAUAGACAAAAUAAAGACCAACAAAUUCCCACCUGAGAGUUCUCAAAGAACUCAAAUGUGAAAUUGCUGAGCUAGCAACUUGUGUGUCAGAUCAGCCUCCAUACCUGUGGACUCGAGAAUCACCAAUGUAACACAAUUUUUUUCAAAUGGGAUCUGCCUGAGGGGAUCCUGUAUAUUAUAGGCUGGUUAGUUUAACGUCUGUCCUAGGAAAGCAGGUGGAGAGUAUUGUUAAAGAUAAAACAACUAAGCAUAUUGAAGAAUAAGCGACUGAAGCUGUGCUCGCCCAUCUCCGUCUUUGUCCUCAGUAUCUGACACUGUUUUGAUGACCCCAAAACUCUGAGAGCCCACUUUGUUGUAACACCACCUCUGGCGGCCAUGUGUCCUGCAGUGACAACGUCCUUACAAUUUUGUUGUAUGUACUGUAUGUGUGUAUUGUUUUCUCCCAAAGCAGUUCCCAUCAGCGGAAGAGAGAAGCCUUGCUAUCAGUCUUACAAAAGACACACAAGGAAAGAACGGUUCUCAGAAAGCAAGUUACAAUUAUAUAGGAAAGGAGGGAGAUCAGUUCAUCAAGGCCAGUACACAAGAGCUAGGUUA